AUGUCAGAUACUACCACCUGCAUCAACCAGGCUUAUUUCAAUAAGCUGGCUCCAGGCUAUGACGAAGAAUUUCAAAAGACCCUUGGCCAGCUAUACGAGGAGCUGCAAAAGCGAUCUAGCUUUCUGGGAGUAAAACCCGGUGGUCGACUCCUCGACUAUGCCUGCGGCACAGGGCUUUGCGUGGGCAUUGACAUUUCCGAGUCCAUGGUUGAGCGGUACAACGCCAACGCCAAGGCCGACGGCCUAACGCAGGACAAGCGCGCCGCAUACCUCGGCGACCUCUUGUCUCCGGACGAUCCGUCGCCAGCGGCUUUCGCAACCCCCGACUUCUUCAACUUUGACCUUGCGGGCGUCGGCUUGGGUUUCCACCACGUCGACGACUGUGUGCUGGCGGCGAAGAGAUUGUCAGAGCGCCUGAGGCCAGGGGGGAGCCUCUUCAUCGUCGACUUUGUAAGCCAUGCGCCGGUCGACCACGGCGCCACGUCCAUGGGUAUCCGUCACCACGGGUUUUCAGAGGACCAGAUCAGGGCGAUGUUUGAUGAAGCCGGCGUGGGCAGUAACUUCAAGUUUGAGACCAUGGAGGAGGACGUUUCCUUUGACCAUGCGCAUGGAAGUGGUAACCACACGGUCAGACGGGUCUUUUUCGCACGAGGGGACAAGACGGCCUCGACCAGUGCGCAGAUCUGA